UGAAUCAUCUCCCGUCUGCGCCUGAGCCAGUUGCCACCGUCGGCCGCUUUAAGUAACCGCCCCGACUCUGCAAUCAUUGACCUUGGAAUGCUUGGUCAUUGGCUUCAGUUGGUAUCAGUUUAAGCUUCUAUCGACAUAUUAAAGACACGGCAGUGUCCUGGGACCCAGUCUGGCUGUGGAGGAGCAUUCAUCAAUCACCCACCGCAACGCAACGCACACGAGUAACACGCAACAUGAAUCAACUACGGGCUCAAUUUGAAAACAUCCCGUACCCUGAGACGUCGUUUAAGGACCAGACUGUCAUCGUCACAGGGUCCAAUACAGGCUUGGGGUUCGAGGCAGCCAAGCACUUCACGCGACUCGAAGCUGCCCGGGUCAUUCUCGCCGUGAGAUCGCAGGCCAAGGGAGACGCCGCCAAGGCCGCCAUUGAAUCCGCCACCGGUCGCAACAAUGCCGUCCAGGUAUGGCUUCUCGAAAUGGACAAAUUCGACUCCAUCAAGGCCUUUGCUGCCAGGUGCGAGUCUCUAGACCGGCUCGAUGUGGUCGUCGCCAACGCGGGCAUUGCAAAAAUGGAGUUUGAGGAGACGGACGGCAUCGAGAGUACGAUCAAAGUUAACGUGAUUGGAACCUUUUUGCUCGCCUUGAGCCUUUUCCCGACCAUGAGGCAAUCUGGCCACCGCACGGGACAGACACCACGACUGGUGAUCACGACUUCUGUGCUUCAUAACAGUGCGAAAUUUACCGAACGAACGAAGCCCGACAUAUUCAAGGCCCUCAACUCAAAGGCGACUUCCAACAUGAAAGACCGCUACAACGUCUCAAAGCUCUUGGAGGUGAUGCUCGUGUCCUCCUUCAGCGAGGCGAUGAAGCAGGGUCCCAACGCAGAUAAGCCCGUCAUCAUCAACUCGGUGAACCCAGGGCUGUGUCACUCCGAACUCGGCAGAGACUUAAAGGGCAUCACGGGCUACAUGUUCUCCGCUCUCAAGGCGAUGAUGGCCCGCACGACCGAAGUUGGCAGCCGCACGCUCGUCCACGCGGGUGCAUCUGGCGAGGAAAGCAAUGGCCAGUAUCUCAGCGAGUGUCGCGUCACCAAGCCCAGUGCGUUUGUGCGGAGUAAGGAGGGCCAGGACACUACAAAGCGGCUGCACGCGGAGUUGAUGACGAUCCUGGAGCAGAUCCAGCCCGGCGUCACGAGUAGACUGUAGGGCACGCAUGGUCAAAGGCAUGUUGUACAAUUAUUGAACCAC